AUGUCCUUUAGACAGAUUUUGACAGAGGUCCACGCUGAGGCAAUGGCCAGCAUAAGGGCCCAUGAGAUCAUACCCGGAUGUGCCGAAGGUGACCUUGUCGCAAGUAAAGUCGCCCUUAGCUUCUGGGGAGGCGUGAGAACCCUGGAUGGUAUUGUGAUCGAUAGUCAUCACCCGCUCGUCGGAAAGUCGAUUGCAGGAAAGAUACUCGCGAUACCCAGUGGCCGUGGCUCAUGCACGGGAAGCGGUGUCAUUCUUGAGCUGCUGCUGAAUGGAAGCGCUCCAUGUGCCCUGAUAUUCGGGCGUGAGGAGAUGAUCCUGACAAUCGGAGUCCUGGUCGCCCAAGAGAUGUUUCAGAAGAGCAUUCCCAUCUUGCAAGUAUCGAUGUCAUCAUUUGACACGCUCAUAAAACUUGAUCGCCUUCGAAUAGCCAAUGGCCAGAUUCAGUGGGGAGAUUCCCAUUCUACGGAAGCGUUCAGCCAGCCAGCCACUCUGUACCCAUCUCUGCGGCAAUCCAACUUCAACACAGUCCAUUUAACUCCAUACGAUGGUGAGCUGCUCGAAGGCGUGUAUGGAGAGGCUGCUCAAGUGGCGAUGCGGGUCAUUAUACGUAUUGCCCAGAUUCAUCGCGUGACAGAGCUGAUAGAUGUGAAGCAGGCGCACAUCGACUGCUGCAUUUACACAGGCCCAGCAACACUGAAAUUCGCUCAAAAAUUGUGCGACAUGGGAGCAAAAGUUCGCAUUCCUACCUCUCUGAACUCAAUCUCCAUUGACAGGCGGCUGUGGCGUUCACAAGGAGUUGAUCCUGACAUUGGGGAGCCUUCAGAACAACUCUCAGAGGCUUAUUUGAGAAUGGGAGCACAGCCAACAUUCACAUGUGCACCCUACCUUCUGGAUACUGCGCCAAAAGCAGGCGAGAAUAUCAUGUGGGCCGAGUCCAACGCCGUGGUCUUUGCCAAUAGUGUGCUUGGCGCAAGGACGAUCAAAUGCCCUGAUUAUCUGGACGUGUGCGUUUCUCUGACCGGGCGAGCACUCAACACUGGCUGCCAUCUUACGGAGAAUCGAAAAGCUCGUGUGGAAGUCCAUUUAGAAACUGUGCAUGAUACCGAUGAUACGCUUUUUGCGCUCCUCGGAUACCUUGCCGGCGACAUUGCUGCUGAUUCAGUGCCCAUUAUUACCGGUAUGGAAAAGAUGGAGGUUACCAUGGAUGAUCUAAAGGCGUUUGGUGCAGCAUUUGCCACUACAUCCAGUGCCCCAAUGUUUCACAUUGCGGGAAUUACCAUUGAGGCUCGUAGCCUCUCCGAUAUUGCAUCUCAUCUGAAGGAUUUGUUGAAGGUGACAAUUACACUUCCUGAGCUAGGGAGGCAAUGGCUUCGAUUCAGUCCCUGUGAAGGAGAUGAGACUUCUACAGCUAUUGACCUUGUAUCACUUGGAAACCCCCAUUUUUCAUUUGAUGAAAUUGUGAAGCUGGUAAGGCUUUGUGCAGGUCGCAAGAAGAACCAAAGCACAACCUUGGUGGUGACGUGUAACCGCGACACAUAUUCAAAGGCUACUAAAGAAGGCCACAUUGUAACCUUGAAUGACUUUGGCGUUCAAAUUUUGACUGAUACCUGCUGGUGCAUGGUUCAAGAACCAGUCAUCCCACCACAUACACGAACGAUCGUAACCAACUCGGCCAAAUACGCCCACUACGGAAAAGGACUGACCGGUCGGAAAGUUUGGCUCAGAAGCCUCACACAAUGUGUAGAUGCUGCUUGUUCAGGAUCUGUACAUAACUCUUUACCUGCCUGGCUUGGCGGCACAAGCCCUCCAUAG